UUUGCAAACUGAAUUGUUUUGCCUGUUGAACUUAUUUCAUAAAUACUUCGUACAGGCACUUUUUAAGCGUUUUAUGUGAUGCUUAAUAUGGAUUCACCAUUGAAUUUCAGAGCGCCAGCCGUCUGAGAAGAGUAUUAUGGUCUGUUAAGAGAUCAAGUGAUCGUGCACAGGAGAAAAUCCUGUCUUGUUUUCUACCUUCCGAGUUUUGUGGCGCAUGAAUAGGAUUUGUCUGUGGCACAGCGACUUUGAAUCACCCGUUGAGCAUCUCUAUAGGCUGGUAAAUGGAUAACUAGGAUUUGAGGAAUGCAACAUUACGAGUGCUUUUAAAAGAAGCAACCUUGCAUUGGGUAUUAUUUGACGCCAUUUGAAAAAAUACUCUACUGUUGACGUGACUUCUCGAGAAUUUUGUCAAAAACGCAUGAUGUCUACAGGGCUGGAGAAAGUGGAUACCAUAGACGAUAUACAAGAAGCUUGCGAAUUAGUUAAAUCUUUUGGUCUUUCAACAAAAGGCUUAGAUUCGUUAAAAGAGGUGAAGAAUAAACUUCGUGAGCAUUUAAAAGGGUUGGAGGAGACUUCGUCGCGAAAGAUUGGAGAGGUAUGCAAUCACAGCAACACUUUUUCAGUUCAGAUAUCCUGAUAUUUAUGCAGAAUAUGAUAAAUUAUCCGACUAUAUGUAAAUCUAAGCUGUCGGAGUACACAUUGUUUCGCUUGUUUUGCUGCUUUAAAGCAAAUUUAUCCAUUGUUAUUCUUGCAUAAUAUUUAGAAUGGUUUAAUAUCAUAAUGCGGUAAAAUUCAAUUGAAAUGUCAACACUGACCACAACUUACGGAGGUCUAAACAGAAAACUAUAGUUUAUGCAAGGAAUCAUCGCGAUCAUUGACCAAUAAACAUGUGCAUUCAAUCCGUAAAUACCAAAAUGGCUGCUUACCAAACGACUGUGGGUCAUUACCCAAACGGAUAUCAAAGCACGUUUGCUUAGUCAACAUUUUUGGAGAUUAUAUUUAGCUUUGCACCCCUUAACGUCUUAGAUAGCGAGACAAAAUCAUUAAACAUUACCAUGAAAUGCGUGAUCAAGAAUGAGGCAACGCAGGAAUGUAUCAAUACCGCUUUACCCAGUACAUGUUUCGUUUGGUUCUCCAGACUAUAGAUCGAUGGCUUCAUUUUCAUUUUUAUUCAACAAUUAGGACCUAUUGGCUUGCAGCAAUAGUGACGAUUUCAGUCCUUUUUUGAAGCUCUGAAGUCUCCGUAUCCUUCGAAAGAAUAUUCAUACAAAUGCACAAUUUGCUAAUCGAAAAUGGCAUCCCCUCUCCCCAUAAGGGUUUUGUCCAUAAAUAAUAAUUUUUUCAAACUUGUCAUUGUGGUCGAAGUAAUAUUUUCGACACGGAAUUUUGACGGUCUGUACAAUCGUUUUAUUCAUGUGUUCCAUGGAAUAUUUAGAGGAAUCGCUUGCGGGUCAAGGGGGGUUGGUGCUCACUCGCAGAGAGGUAGCCCGGCUAGUUUCAAUAUAUAAAAAGAGUGACUACUGUUUAAAGCUUCAAGCAACAGCUAAGUAUAUCCAAUGGGUUCCUCGAAAAAAACUCGUCAAACAUGCAAUAUUUAUCGCUGAUUUACAAAAUUGAAGAUCUGGAGGUGUUCAAAAUUAGCGCUGCUACCAGUCGUGAACCGGAAAGGCCUCUAAUAGGGAAAAAAACGUUUAGCAACGCUACCUGUGUUCACUUGGAUCAAAUGUAUUUAGUGCUAACUACCUUCGACAAUUUUGAUUGAGAUCUUUUUACUUGCAGACACACGAAGUUAUCUCCAACGCUGGGAAAUCGGACGCUGACAAACGCAGAAAGUUGCUCGAUCUUUAUAAAAGAACUGAGCUGUUCAUGGGUCAGUUUGAGGCGGAAUUUUUGGAAAUACUUGAAAAGAGCUUCGAAGACCUAAACAAAUCUUUGCAAGAGAGAAAACAGAAUGUUGAACCAAGUGAUCAGUACGUUGUUCUUGUUGCAGGUGUGUUUUGCUGUCAUCAGUAAAAGAGUUUCAUGUUCGCUUAGACUUGGGAUGCAGUCACAAUCGUUAUGGACGAGGUAUCAUUUCGAGAAGCAACAAAAAACGCCAUCAGCAUCUUAUAUUAAUUAACUCUCCUUUGCAUUACCGUAACUGUUAACAGACAAUAUUAUUUAGCCUAAAUUGUUAUAUAUAUCUCUGCAAAAGGUGGUUGGGCCUCUGGUUUUUUUUUUGUUAUCAUGCUCUCGCACUUAGUCACUAAUUUUAUAAGCCAGUUCAAGAUGAAUUAAAUCUUGCUCACAGGUAGUGUUUUUUGAUCUUGCUUUAACGCUUUCCAAGCUUCGAUUAUGCUUGGCCAUUGCCUUUUAUUUUAUGAUUCCUCUCUUGACUAGGUGAGACUAGCGCUGGAAAAAGCAGUGUAAUUAAUCUCAUCUUGGGAGAAGACCUUCUUCCCUCUAGAACACUAAGCACCACUUCCACAAUUUGCGAGCUGAAAUAUGGAGAAAAGCCGAUGGUCGGUGUACACUACAAGCCUAAUGGAACAAAAACUCCUGAACCAGCAUUCCACGAAUUGAAUGAUGGAAGUAAAACCUACAAAGAACAAAUAGAGAAGUUUGUGUACGUCAAAGAAGAUAGAGAGAAAACCCCUUACGAGAAAAUUGAACUGUUCUUUCCACACCCUUUAUUUAAGGUACUAACGAAGUUGAUAGAUGAAGCGAAAAAGUUGCGACCAAAUUUCGGAAUAAAAAAAUUCAGGAUCAACAGUAAACCUCUGCACGUAGCUCUAUGGAAUAAACUAUGGAGUUAGACUAUAAAGAUUGACACAGUUUAUUUCUGAAAAACUUUAGCGGUGUGUGAGGCGAAGAUAAUUUCAGUGAAAGGAAUAAUAAAUGUUUGUUCCAAAUUCUAUGGUUUCUUUGGUUACAGUGCAUUAAAAUAAAGGUGCGAGAACCUUUUAAGUUAAUGGCUAACCAUGAAGAAUGGUUUAAAAAAAUUUUUGAGAAAUGCUGGUCAUGGUAAAUAAUAUUUCAAUGAACUCAUCUAUAAAAAUAACCCACGGAACUUGUAAAAAGUAAUAGGACUACGAAUCUCAUUACGGAUUCAUGCUUCAAUUUCAGGAGAAUGUAAUGAUCGUUGACAGCCCUGGUGUAGGAGAAAGCGAUGUCAUGAGUAGUUUUGUUCUCAACUACCUGCCGCGGGCCUUUUGUUUCAUGUACGUUCUCUGUACAUCCAAUGCUGGAGGAAUUCAGCCCGACAGGGUAAGGAAAAGGAACACUAGGUAUUACAAAUCUAAUCAAAACUAUAAUAACAUUCUCGAACGUGACUAGUUAUCACCCGAUUUGAGCGCUAAUAGGACAGUGUACGCGUCACACUUGUAAUUGGACAGUGUAAUGGGACAUUUAAAGGGACAGUUUACACGUCAUGCCCGUGUAAGUGGACAGAAAAGAGCGCCGGGUUAAAUGCUGUAUUUUCUAUGAAAACAUGUAACCGAUGUCUAGUUUCUUUCUCAAAUUGUGCCAUUGUUUUGAUUAACUUGUAACAGGACUUCGUAUCGUCCAAUUCUGUAAUUAUACUCGUGAUUAAUAUCUCAUUUGUGAAAAUUUCUUGAACCUGUCAUUGUACAUCUUGAAUGUUUGACGCAAUUUUACCUCACCAACCUAAACUGAAUAAAUAGAAACUUGAAAUUUAUUUGUUCUCCUUUUGAGGUGUGCAUCAAAUUUUCGAAUUCAUCACAGGCUUAAACUAUAGGUUUACAGGAAAUCUGCAUGUGCAUGUGUUUUCAACAUAUAAAACUGGGAUUAUGACUACUUCAAAAGACUUUACUAUAUGCAAUAUAGGUACAGGCAGGUGUUGUGAAAAAAGUUUGCUCAGCUUUUUCAUUAGUACACAUUUCUUUUUCUAAGAACCUUGUUUAUCCAGCCUGUGCUGAAUUCUAAUUUUUCAACUAAAUUUUAUUAUUUUUUUAAAUAUUAUUAGAUCUCCUAGUAUCAGUUAAUAUUCUUGUAUUUAAAAUAAUUACAUCAAAUUUUGCAGAUGUAUGGCAGAUUAUUUUUGCUCUGAACCUCCUAACAUUUUACCAUUUGAAGGGACUGGUAUUGGCUAUAAAAGUACAGUCUUUGCACAACCUAUGCACCAAGUUUUUGUUAUAAAAUAUUAUAUCCUUAUCAAAACUAGUUUAUCAGAAUAAGAAUGAGUUACCGGGAACAAGUAUGGCUUUCAUGAUGAUAGUUUUCAGAUUUGAAAAAAAGUCACUGCUUACUAAAAUCCUCAGUUCCUUUGCCUUGAUAGCCCAACCUCAUCAAAACAUUGCCAACAGGAGCGAUUAGCAAAUUAUAGCUACAGACAAGAGGGCCUAUUCCUACAUACAUCCUCUUCAAUCCUGUUAGCUUAUUAUGGUCAUGGCAUUUCAAACAUGGUGUAUAUGCCACAAGUUCCCCAUUUCCCUGACUAAUUAUUUUUUAAUAGUGUUUAUAUGUUGAGGAAAUGGUUAGGUUGAUAUAUAAUACAAAGACUUGCCAGUAGAUAGUUUUAUUACGGUUUUUAUUCAGUGUAACGUAGGGCUGGAAAAUAAACUAAUAAGAGCUCCGCUUUUAGGCUUGGCUAAAUCUAUAUAUUACUCGUGAUUAACAUCUCAUUCGUGAUUAACAUCUCAUUCGUGAUUAACAUCUUAUUCGUGAUUAAGAAACAAAGCUUCGGUCCUAUUAACAUUAAUAAUCAGUUAAGAAGAGGUUCAGUAAAGGUGGGCUUCUCAUCCACAAGAGAAUGAUACCUAAGGAUUAUGCCAUAGUACUGUUUUCAUUAUUGUUUCAGUGAUUCCUUAGAAAUAAAAGUUGCCCUAAAUCUCAGUUUUAGCUUAGAGCUCUGUUUUAAAAUGCUAAAUAGAAGCAGAAAUGGUCGUUACUAUGCUCAUAUGAGCGGCGAGACGCUUCUUUCCCGCUUGCAUUGAUUAUACUAAUGCAGACCCAAAGCAGGACCAACACAUUACAAAUGUUCUAUAUUUUAUUAACUCUUUAAUAUCAUACUUAGUCAACGUCAAUUCAAACUGAUUAGUCUUUUUUUUCCGGAAGAAUAUGACAUCCUAAUCGCUCAUAUUUUCAAGAUAGAUUUUAGACAAGCAUGUGUCGCUAGACACUGUGCGGCUCCUCGGUUCGCUCACUUUAUAUAGCAUCAAAACUAGCAACACAAUUUGGUGAUUGUUUUCUGAUGCUUUGCAAAUACACAUUUUUCACAAAAAUCACCAAAUACUACUUGGGAGGAAAGGGAAGGGUCACCAUACAAAACACGAUGUACUUGGGAAUAGUCGCUUUUAUGAUUCAUCAAAUAUCUUGACUUGCGCCCGAUUGGUCUAAACACACCACGUGAUCGAUUAAUCUCCGACUAAAACAUCCAAGCAAUAUCCCCCAAUUUUCAAACUUACUUCGCUACGGUAAGUCUUCGUUUCGAAUUAAAUUGGAGACGAGAGAGGGUUUUGUGGUUGUUAGAGAAGAAGAGAGAAUUUUUUUUGUUCAUUAAGUCGUACUAGAGAACACUCAAAAGAAAACGUCCCACACUUCAUACAGUAAGUUGAAGGAUAAUAAACACAAUAGCCUCUAUUAUGCGCCAAAACAUGCACUUGUGUUUCUCCUUGGACAUUAUCUGUUCCUCGAAGUUUACAAUUUUCCUCGAAUUUCGCUCUCGGAAAACUGUUCGUCCGCGGACAAAUAUCCGCGUAUAUUUUUGCACCGAAUAGAGGCUACUGUUUUCAUGCAUGUUUCUAUAGCGUAAACAAAGGUAUUUUCCGAAAUAUCCUAUCAGCAAUUGGCUCUAUAUUUGGGAGCGCAGGAUAGUUGAAACAUUUCUUGUCAGACCAUAUUUGCCACGCAUAGGUGUACGAAGUAUCUUACUAAAAGUUGAAUAUAGAGUUUGUCAUGCUCUAGCAAAUAUUCUUAGGUCUUAUUUUAUUUUCCUUUUGUUUUAAAAGUUAGGAAAGCUACUCACGUGCGCUCAAGAUCUGAGGAAAAGUGCCAACUUGGAUUUGUCGCUAUCAGCUGCCUGUACGUUGUUUGUCUGCAACAAAUGGGAUUUGGUUGAGGACAAUGAACGCGAGGAGGUGAAAAAGGAUACGGUCAAAAAGCUCACAAGAAUACUUGGUAACUUCAAUCCGAAAUCACAGAUUGUAUAUUUGUCAUGCAAAACCGCGCAGUUAGCUCAGACCUAUGGGGUAGUGACAGAGGAUUUCAGCAACCUAAUAACAGGGAUUAGUAAUCUCGUAGUUUCGUCCAUGAAGAAUAAUCUGCAGAUGAAUACUAGGUAGGUGAACUUCUGAAUAAUUCUAAGUGAAGCCUUGAAUAUAUAUUGUAUCAAAUACACAACAAAGACAAAACCUUGAGAUGGAAAUUAAAGUUCGAUUACGAAAUAGAAUUGGAAUAAAGAUGUCACUAAGGAGUCAUCAAGUAAGGUAGGAUGCAGAUGAUUACAUGAAAGUACCUAAAACAGCUCCAAUAAUUAUUAUUAUUUAAUGGCAUUGUGCUAUAAUAUAACAAUAGAGUUUAUGUUCGCGGGCAUAAGUGUUUUGAGCCCGACUCGUACUCAUUUCAACCCGAGCCGUUAGGCGCGUUGAAAUUGUGACCAGUUCGAUUCACGUAGCCGAACGCAAUAGCCAACAACAAAAAGAAAGGUUAAGUCCACUGAAAUCUGUAAGACUUUAAAACAUAGUAACUCAGCUCAAUGAAAUCUGUAAAACAUCAAAUCAUGGUAAAUCAGCUUCCAAAUGUAUGUAAAACAUAGCCGAAUGACAGCCAAACAGAUACGCAAAAAUCAACUAACAAGAAUUCAAAUCGCUUAUGUGGUGCAACAUAAUAUCAUAUCGAAUUUUUUAAAAUAAAUAUUUAUUAGUAUAUUUGAAAAAUCAGUACAUUGUUACACUACAUACAUAACUGAAAGGUUAAUUUCUAACAUGAAUACUAGAUAACUUACAUUUUUUUUGACUACGUAUAUUACUGCGUAAUACAAACACAAAUCAUUACAAUUUACUAAUCAAUAAAAUAAAAUAACAAUAGAUUACAAAAAAAAAGAUAAGAAAAAAAAUUAUUUUAUCAACCAUGUAGAGUAACAAUAAAGAUUACAAUUACUUAAAUUCUAUUAAGGUUUUUCAGACAAGGAAUUUUUUGAAGCACACACAACAAAGAAAAAUUUUAAGAUAUCAAGCUAUUUAAAAAAUCACUUCCCCAAACAUUUUCCAUUUUUCGCUAAACAAAUUAAUCUUUUUAGAAUUGAAAGCGAUGUAUUUUUCUGUUUCGUAUUCUUUUUCAAAAUUAUUUUAAAGUGUCUUAGGUCUGGCUUAAUGAUUUUUUGUUUUACAGCUCCAAAGGUAGAUUUAAUUUGUCCUAAAUCUAUUAUAUAGUUGUCAAGAUGCAUUACCUCCUUCAAAAUUCCGAUAAUCACAUCACGUAACGAGACACACCGGCAGCUACUAAGUUUAUUCAAUAUGUUAGUAAGAACCUCAUUCCAGAAGGACUUUUAAUAACAACACUCAAACAAGAUAUGGUAUAUUGUUUCGCGAGUCUCUUGACAAAGAGAAGAAUUUGGAUUUGAAACAACCUAUUUUAUACAAAAGUUCAUUUGAAAAUAGGAUAGAGUUAAACACUUUGUGUUGGAACGAGCGUACAUACGGUUCGCUAGCAACUCUAAACGGUAGGAGGUAUACUUCUAAGGGUUGAUAUUCCCUUAAUUAAAACUCCUCAGUUAGCUUAGACCAUUUCCUUGGCUUUUCAUAUUUAUUUUUCAUCAGAUGAUGGUAAUAAUAAUGGCAUUUGAAGUUUUCUAAAUCAAUAACCGCUUCGAAAAUUGUUUUUUUUAUAUAUCGUAAGUCCAACGGCACAACUUUUCUCAAGCCUGUCUCUACUAAAAAAUUGUCUUUACUAAAUCUUUUCUUUUCACAGUGUUAAAUGACUUGAUAUUUUAAUGCGCCAGAUAUCGUGAACAUCCAGUUCUGAUUGUAUUUGUUCAAUAGCGGCAAUUACAGAUCUUCUCGGAGAAAUAUUUCCACUUCUUUUGUCAACAGCGGGAUUUAAAGGACAAUUAAAAUCACCUCCGAAAAUGAUGUUUUCAAUUGAGUCAAAAUCUAUUUCAAUAAUAGUUUGCAAAACCGCAUGAUAAAAAGAAACUAAGUCAUUAUCACGAUUUUAAAAAAAGGUGGUUUUACCCCGGAGCUUAGCAGAAACACAAACCCACUUUACGAGGCUCAUUACCAUUCCUUCAUAAUAAUACCCUCCAUGAUAAUAUCAUAUCGAUUGGUUGGGACUGUUUUCAUCGUCAAGUUUGAGACUUUGAAGCCCUUUUUUUUCCCCACUUGAGUACUCUUCUUUGUCUGCUGAGGUGCAUUUCCAUAAAAGGAUGGAGGGAAAGCAAGGAAAACCACCCUGAUAAUUUUAAUUAAAUUUUAAAUGUACGGCCCGAUGAAAGAUGUUAUUUUGAAUUCUGUUGAUAAUUCCAUUUACUCAUGCAAACAUUUCAGCCUUUGUCCCACACCUUAGAUGUAUGAAAAAAGAUAUAGUGAAACUGCACGAUUACGCGGACAAAAUCUAUUAGAAGGAGUAGGGAAUUGCCCAAAAGUUACACGGCUUUGUUUCCUGCGAUGAAAAUACACCAUCGAGUGAAGUUGACGAGGAAAAUGCAAAUUUUUCUUGCUUAUGCUAGAAGCUCCUUUUGAAAUAAACGGACGACUUUGAAUGUCCUAACAAGCACUUUUCGAUACGGCUUAGGAAUCCGACCUGCAGGAUGUCAAGCUGUGUUCGUUUUUAUGCUUAAACAAUGCUGCAAGAAGAUUGCGCAAACGUAGCAAUGGGUUUUUGAUUGUAAAUGGCUGCUGUCAUCGUACGAUUUUUUGUUUCUGACUUUUUAUUGAUUUAUUUCAGCAGGCAGAAAACUCAUUUAAUAACCCGAAAAUUUUUCCAUUUGUGCCACAAUGCCAAACCAACUGAUAAUUUGUGGGUCCAAGCGUAUAAGCGUUCUGCGUAUGGUAGGGACCAUAAAUUCUGAAAUAGAAAAAUGCAGAAGACAUUUUUGAUUUUGAAAAAAUACACUUUUCACUUUUUUGUCACUGACUAAGAAAUCAGUUAAAGGAGACGGUUUGCAUCACACUUGUCGUGAGGUAAAAUUGAUACCCAGAAAACUCUUGAUUUUCUAUUAAGGAUUCUAAGAAAUGAAAAGUUAUGCAUUGGUAUUGCCAUUUUAAUUGUUUAGCAGUUUUAAACAUAACAUCAAACAAUCUUUUAUAUGAUUAUUCUUCAGAUGGUUGGAGGAUCUCCUCGAUCGCAUGUCUCGUCAAGUCCGCAUAAAACUGAAGUCAGCAAAAAUGUCUCAUCAGGAAACAGAAGAAAAAAUCAAGAGACUGUUAAGCCGCAUGGAAGAGCUACAGAAUUCUCAGAAACGUAUAUUUGAUGAACUUAGUGAGCAUCAGUUGAAAAUAUUUGAAGACAUCCUCGAGAAGCUAGCUUUGCACUUUAAAUCGGAGGGAACUAUCUCGAGUUUCUGCGACUGGUCUGAAGAAGAGGUCCCCAAACCCCUUGGGACAUGGCGGGAAACAAAGAACGAGGUGUUAAAGUGCGUCUCAGAGAGAACACACCAAUUUGUUCAGCACUGGGAAAACGAAGAGAACGAAUUCGACAGAGCUCGAGUGUCAUUGAUCCAACAUUGUUGCAAAAAGUAUGAUAUAAUGGAGGAAGAAAUGCGCGAAGUAGCAGAAGAUUUUUUUAUCGUCGACGAGGUGGAGGGCGAUCUUCCACAGGAUGAAGGUGGACAAAAUUUGAAACGAUCUAGAGUAAGAGAAAGAUUACAAACAAGUACUGCUCCGCCAUGGCUUCGGCAAGGAUUGGCAUCAGUGGUGAUAGGGUCUCCACUUAGUAUCCUCGGAACCAAACUUAAAAGGAAGCUCCACUACAAAACCAAACUGGACACGUUCCGCGAUGAUCCAUGUGCCUACAUGUCAAAGCGAUCACAGAAAUGCCUCAAAGUUAUUUCUACUAGAGACCGCUUGCUUCCGUUCAUCAACGAACAACUAGAAGACGCCGUACUGUACCUAAGACGGAUCAAGGAGAAGAUUCCAAAGCUGAGAGAAGGUGACGAGCUGAUCUAUCAACGGCUACUUGAAGACGAGAGAGGCAGUACUGAGAUUCGGAAGAUCUACGAGCCUUUAAACAACGAGCUGGAAUCUCUGAGACGCGAAAUAACCGUGUACACUCUGCGAGAGAUCAAGCAGUCUGAUUUCGCAAGAGAAGAGUUAGAGUGCGAUUUUGGAAAUUUAGAUUCUGUCAUUGGACGAGGCAGCUUCUCAACAGUGUUUAGAGGCGUUCUUCAUCGCAAAGGAUCGCCAGAGAUCAUGGUGGCUAUCAAGAUGUACAGUGACUUGCUUACCACUAACAAUGUGUGGCAUUUUGUUGACGAGGAACGUGCUUUAAGGUAUGAAUAUCGAAAGACCAUUUUCUUUCAUACAGUUGUGUUCAUUUGACAGAUCGACUGUAAUUCGUAGUGUCCUGCAUCAGAUUUUGCAUGGUGCCUAGAGUCGGAAAUACUAUAGUUUGCUACACAUGCGAUUGAAAAACGAUUGUGUCCUUGCUGCUUAUAAGUUUAAUGAGAAAUGAGCCUCUUAUCUUUGUCUUAGAAAACUGCGCCAUCCAAACAUUGUGGGUUUUUACGGAACCAAUUUGCACCACGGCCCCAACGGCACCAAAGUGAUGAUCGUCCUCGAGCUUUGCAGUUGUUCUCUCAGAUAUCGAGUACAUACCCAUCCCGAGGAUUCACCCGCUCGAUCGUCGAACGACACAGUCAAGAAGAAAGUGUUAUCAUGGGCACAACAUAUCCUAGAGGCUUUGCAUUAUAUCCACUCAGAAGGAUUCGUUCACCGAGAUUUAAAACUGGAAAAUCUACUGGUAAAUGUGUAUUGAAGUUGAAUUUUGAUUUCUUAAGUUCUCUGUUCAGUCGUCAGUUACUUUUUUCAAACGACAUGUAUAGGGCGAUUUCCCAUCCUCAGGGAAGCGUAGCCUUUUGCACCCUCCCCCGCUCUUUUUUUCAAAAAUAUUCCAGCCUUCAGACGUACUACCUGCCGUACUCUUUACUUGUUUAAGAGUGGAUUUGGGGGUGGGGGGAGGAGGGAGGGGAGGAAGGGCUUUAGGUUUCUUGUGGCUGCACAUUAUGUCUUGGUGAUGAAAAUUGUAUGCUUUAUAUAAUGGAAAUCAACCACCCGUUUCCAUGUUAUUUUGCGUGAGAUCUCAAGCAGAAGAUUGCAUCUCAUGCAGAAAAAAUUCUGCAGCUUUAUUUUGAAUCAAUAGCAGACAUUUUUGGUUGACAAUGAUAAACAAGGAGUCGUUACCUUUGUCGCGGUACCCGGUGUUCAUUACGAUGAAACGCGAUCUUGCAAUCAACCAAAAAAGCACCAACAUGACAUUAGCCAUUUACGGUUUCUCUUGUUCACUACGAUUCUUUGUGAACGAGUUUCAAUUUUUUCAUUAUAGCUGACACACGGCGAGAAAGUGAAACUUGCAGAUGUGGGAGUAGCUAAACAUGAAAAAGAAAUAACAGGUACUAUGGUCGGCACCUCUCUGUACCUGGCCCCUGAAGUGUUUGAGGGUCGAAUCUACAACAGCAAAGCUGACAUGUAUAGUUUUGGCUUUGUACUUUGGGAAAUAUGGUAUGGUGAGCAAGCCUUUCAAACAGCGAUGACAACCUGCGGAGUGUAUCAGCUCGAAAAGAUGAGACAGGGCUGUCGACCUGCUCACAUCGAAGGCACCAAUCAUCCAUGGGAAAUAUGGAAGCAUGUCAUGACUAAUUGCUGGAAUGAAGAUCCACGUGUCAGGCUGACAGCAAAAAAAGCACUGGAAAGUUUUAAGGAGUUGCAGGAGGCUGAGAUUCAACCCAAACGGAAACCAGUACCGCUACCGAGAUCACGUUCGAGGCCACUUUCACAAAGCAAAACGCCUCCUCCAACAAAACCUAAGCCAGCUAGAAGACCAAAUAAGCAAGGUGGAGUGUCUGUUUCUUACUACAAAAAAGUAGAGGCGGAGAGUGUUCACUUUGAAUUAAAAGAAAAGAAGUAACGUAGAGGAGACUGAAAAGAACAAUCGCUUUAUAUCUUAGUAUUCGUUCGACUGCAUUUAAUUUAGGAGGAGGAGGUCCCUGAAAUCAGGGAUGUAACCAAAUUUUACUCAAAGCCUCUAACGAGCUCCAGUGUACACUAAUCGUGUUUUUUAAUGGUAGUUCGUAAACGGCGUGGAUUACAGAUAGUUCCCAAAGGUAAAUUUAUUUCUUACUCGACAACCGUUUCUCCAAUUGAUUGAAGAGAAGCUACACAAUUUUUUUUUAUUUCACUAUGACACCAUGUUGCCUUUUUAGGGCAUCGGGACGGUCAAAAUAUGCCAAAGAAUAACUCAAUAGAUCAGGCCAAAAAUACGGCCGGAGAGCGGGGCAAAAAAAUGGCUUCUGUGAACGAUCAAACUUUGAUAUUUUUUCUCCGUUUUUUUAAGCUCGUCUUCUUAGGAAAAUAACUUUUCAGUGCAGCAGAUGUUAUCUGACUGUGAAUACAUGAAACUCAUAAAUGAAAUGCAAACUAUGUGAACUAUAUAAACUGUGAAAUGCGAAGAUCGCUUUCAUAUCUACAGAUGUUAUCGUUGGUCAUGGUUUCGUUUGUAUUGUUUCCGUCUUUCACUCAUGCCUUCGGGGCUCGGAAAAAAUACAGCGCAACUCGCAAAAUAUCCGCACCUAUUAUAUAUUUUAAUGAUAAAAUAAGGUGUAUUAUCCCUAAGUAAAUCAAGUUAGUCUAACUUGCCGUCAUCGAUCAGUGCAACGUCUUUGACUGUACAAGGAAUGAAUCAUAAACGUGUUAUAUCUAAGAAAUAGUCCGUAUACUGCAAUACGACUGAAAUUAACUCAUGAUAGGGCGAAAGGGCAUCAGAGCCAAUGCAGCAAGGAACCCCUGUAGCUAGACUUCGUAGGGAGUCCUGGAAUAAAGUUCACAAUUCACUGCAAUGUAUCUACUAAAAUAUCGGUCUUAAAUUUUUAGUCAUUCGGCUUGGAACAAGAGUAUUGAAGGACGAGCCUAUUUUAAAUAAGUUUUUUUGGUUUGAAGCAGGUUUAACUAGUGUUAUUGAGUGACAUUCACGCUCCAGCUAUAUCAUUACAUUAAGUGGCUAUAGCGAGCAAUGAGUUGCUGAAAUCCAUUAAUAAAACGUUAAAACCAACAAU